GGAGGUUGAUCGGACAGCAGGGAGAUGAUGGGAAUAAUCUGAUCCCGGGGGGAUGGGCUGAUCUGACGGACAAUAUCACGGAGCUUCACACUUGACUUCACAGCAUCCAUAGUAUUCCGCUCGGAAGAAAGUGAAUCACGGGUGCGCAUCCAUCUGGAGUGAUGAGCCAAAACGCGAAGAGAGAGACGCGCGUAUCUGGAUCCAUCCAUCAGGUUGUAUAAUGGAGAGCUCUAAUGGCUCCGACACCAAACCUCAUCAUCAUUCUCAGGUGGAGAAGAAGAGGUUAAACCGUACGCCGUCCCCCGCCAGACCCGUCCUGAAGGAUGUGCACUCCCGGUCGACCAAACCAAUCGUGCCAAAAUCACCCAAACUCGCCAAGCAGCCCGUAGCGUCUUUAAGCCGCAUCCAGAGGCGCACUGUCCAGGGCGCGAAGGACAAAUGCACACCUGCGAAAAGCAACCUCAAGCCCUCAGCUACAAAAAAGCCCGUUAAGGUCACUCAGCAUGCAACAUCGGAACCGAACCCCCCCUGCAAAGUGGUGGACACCGCGCCACAGAUUGCCAAAUGUAAGGGGAGGCUGGCCGCGCUGGUCCCGGGAUCCCCAAUACGUGUCCCCACCGGGCGAUCCGCUCAGACUGACAGCAGCUCGGAUUUGUCCGAUUGUCCGUCCGAGCCGCUCUCGGACGAGCAGCGACUCGUUCCGGCCGCCAACAGCGAUGCGGAGUCGGGCAGCGGUUCCAGCGAGCGCGGGGAGCAGGUGGCCGCGGAUAAUCCCGGGAUUCGGACGCGCAUGGCGGGAGGGGUGUCUCGGGUUUCACCUCUGUCAGGUGUGCACGCGGAGAAAAGCGCACAACUCAAACCUGAGGGGAAGGAAAUGGUGCAGGAGGAAUUGUUAAGAGAGAUUGAAGACCUCCGUUCGGAGAAUGACUACCUCAAGGAUGAAGUGGAUGAGUUGCGGGCGGAGAUGGAGGAGAUCAGGGACAGUUACCUGGAGGAGGAGGUGUACCAGCUUCACGAACUACGCAGGGAUCUGGACCGCUCCAACAAGAACUGCCGGAUCCUUCAGUACCGCCUGCGCAAGGCUGAACAGAAGAGUCUGCGUGUAGCUCAGACCGGACAUGUUGAUGGAGAGCUGCUCCGCAAUCUAGAGCAGGACCUGAAGGUAGCCAAGGAUGUAUCCGUGCGUCUGCACAAUGAACUGGAAACGGUGGAAGACAAGCGCACGCGGGCGGAGGACGAGAACGAGCUGCUCAGGCAAAAGAUCAUUGAGGUGGAAAUCUCCAAACAAGCCCUACAGAAUGAGCUUGACAGAGCCAAAGAGAAUCCAUUGCGGAGACGAGUCAGCAGAGAAGGCUUCAAAGAUAAGAAGUCUUUUACUCAGGAGGACAGUGCAGACUUGCGAUGUCAGCUACAGUUUGCCAAGGAGGAAUCUGGCAUUAUGCGAAAAAAGAUGGCAAAAUUGGGCCGCGAGAUAGAUGAACUGGAACAAGAGUUGCAGAAGUAUAAAUCGGUAUAUGGUGAUGUGGACAGCCCUUUGCCCCUGGCAGAGGUUACAGGUGGAGGCCCACACACCACCCGGGAAGCUGAGUUACGGUUACGGCUAAAACUGGUGGAGGAGGAGGCCAACAUCCUGGGCCGGAAGAUCGUAGAGUUGGAGAUGGAAAACCGUGGCCUCAGGGCAGAAAACGAGGACUUACGAUGUCAAUACGAGAGAGACUGCUUUGGCCGUGAACCUUUCUCUAGUGUUCCUACCUCACCGUACAGUGGCGAUGCACUGGAAUCUGCGAGUGAACUUCGGCGCCACCUGCAAUUUGUGGAAGAGGAGGCAGAGCUUUUGCGGCGCUCCAUCUCUGAGAUUGAGGACCACAACAAGCAGUUGACCUCCGAGCUCAACCGCUUCAAAUUCGGGCCUAGCAGCCAAGGUGACAGGGAGUCAGAAGGGGCUGAAGGUGGAAAUGUUGGGUCACUAAAACCUGGCAAUGGUAGUGGAGGAGGUAAUUGCAUCAUGGGAGGAGGAGGUGCCCUACAAGAUGAGUUGAAAGCUGCAAGACUCCAGGUUAAUGAGUUGAGCGGGAAAGUGAUGAAGUUGCAGUACGACAACCGGGUGCUAAUCUCAAAUAUGCAGCGUUGCGACCUAGCGGCGCACCUAGGUAUGCGGACCAGUAGUCCACGUGAUAGUGAUGCGGACAGUGAUGCCGGGCGAAGGGAACCAAAUGAAGAGGAGACAGCGAGGCUUCUGUUGCUACAUCCCAAACGGGAGGGACCUGUUGGUGGUGAAAGUGACUCAGAUGACUUGUUUGAGAAGACUUCUACAUCUGGAUUCGCCAGUGCCGAGAAACCCUCAGAUUUUGGUGACCUGGGAGCAGCCGGGUUUGCGCAACGUAGACGAGAAGACCGGGAGGCACUUAACAAUGUCAGACGUGAAGCGGAACAACUUGGAAAAAUGGUGGAAAGGCUCAUCACGGAUACGGACAUUCUGAUCCUGGAAGGUCACCUAGUUGUCUUGGGAGGGGAUCAUCUUGUGGAGGGUUCUGAGUUCAGGGGUGACAGGGACUCCACUGAAUCUAAACCCAACUCUCAGGUGCUGGAUUCCAUCAACUCCCGCAUGAGGGCUUUCAGGACAGAACUCCAGCUUUUCAUGGAUAAAGUGGACCACCUCAGGGAGGGCUUAAGGGACCGUGCCGAUGACCUCUCCCCCAUGCCUAAUCUCACUGAAUCCAGCAGCUUUCUGUCCACAAUCACGUCCAUGUCAAGGGAUUCACCCAUUGGAACACUGGGAAGAGAUCUGGUGACAGACUUUCAGUGUUGGGAUGUUGAGACUGCUGUUAUGUGUUCUGAUGGGCUCCAGUUCCGUGACCCAGCCCUGCCUGAGCUUGCAACCCCUAGCAGGGAAAUGCAACUACGUUUGGACCAAGAGAGGAGGCUGAGACCUGUACAGGAGGAGAGAGAGAGCUUGACUUCUGCCAUCUCUCAGGAGGAGGAGAGGAGGCGCAUGGAGGCUCGGAGAGGACUAGAGCUACAGGGGCUUCAAACUCAUGAGCCAACAUGGCCACAGGAAAGAGUCUUGCUACAACAGGAAGUUAGGUUAUUCCACCAUAACAUUGUCAUCGUCUAUAUGAAGCUCCACUGGAUUCUUAUGCACUGGAGGCUCGGACACAGGAUGGACACUGGAGAAGAUGGCGCACACGCAGAGUAUGAGCGGUUUGAGAACAUUCCAGAGUUGGGCCUCAUGAUCGAGCAGGGUGAUGGCGAGACAGAGAGGGACGAUCAGAGAGUGAGUACCCAGAUCACAGGAAGUGAUAUCACAGAGCCUGAUGUACUCCUGCUGUCUCUAGACAGAUAUCAGUACCAGAAACAGGCGGGCGAUAGUCGGCGAGUGUUGCACGCACUGCGCUCUCUGCUGGAUGAGUUCAGGGCGGAGUUACGUGAGGAGGCACAGCGGCGCUGGCAGCUGCAGCAGACACUAUCCAGUGAGAGAGCAGCAUGGGAUAUCCAGCGUGCCGAAAUGGGGAGUCACGUCGCCAAGUUGCAGGAGGCGAGAGGUGAGUCUGCAGACGCAGCUGAAGGUGCAGUCACUGCAGAUGUUCUUCAGCAGGAACGGGAGGAACAGCGUCGCCUGCUGGCCGACAGUCACAGCACGGCACUGGAGCUGCGCUGGAAACUGCAGCAUGGAGAGAAGCGCUGGAGCCGCGAGAGGAACGAGCUGCUGGAGCAAUUCGAGAGAGAGAAGGAAGAGUGGGACCGCAACAUACGGGAGAUGCACCGCAAGAUGGAAAAGAUGCAGAAAGAUCUUCCGCACCAUCAUUCUGAAGGUGGUUUUCAGUCUGAAGGAGGUGCAGCGGGUAACUUCUCCCCUCAGGAGAGCCCUUGUAAGGCUUCAAGAUCUCCACGCUCCCCCUGCGCUGCCACACACACACGCUCACAUUCCGACUCUGAGGUCACACUGGAGCAGAAGGGAGUGGCGGGGAGACCCAGACCCUGUGAGGGGCCCCGUCCCCCAGAGAGCCUGUUCCUGGAUGCCCUGUCACUGGACUCUCUUAGAGAGAUGGAGAUGUCCCCUCCAUCACGACUGGAGAGUGAGAAGCGGUUCCCCUGCAUGAAGGAAGCGCUUAAUGAGAUUUCUGAGAGUGCAGAUUCAACUGUUUAUCCUGAGGAGGAGAAAAGCAGCGGCAGCUUACUCAGGGCAAAGUCAGUUUGCUCCAUGAGUGACUUCCAGCGUUUGAUGGACAGCUCCCCUUUCCUACCAGACAAGAGCCAGGCUGGAGCGAGUGGGCAGGAUGAUAUGACUCCUCCCCUUUCUCCAGAUGACCUCAAGUACAUUGAGGAGUUCAAUAGUAAGGGUUGGGAUCAAACCACCUGCUCCCUGUCCGCUUGUCCCAUUCCUGGCCCAGUAAUCCCUCCUCCAGUGAUGGAGGCUUGGGCGGACAGGGUUGAGUCCACUUCAGAAGCAUUCCAGUCAGCCUCCUGGUACAUGACCACCAGUGCUACCAUGACCACAAACACUAUGAGUAUCCCUGAGUACUCCCAAAAGCUCCCACUAAGGGCCACCCAAGGGGCCGAGCAGUUUGGAGUCCAUGUUUUACGCAGUCCUGCUCGAGGGGAGCGGUCCACUUCAGGCCCUCCUGAGCAGGAGUACAUGUUCUCCAAAGUGACCAAAGUAAAAGCAGGGGACUUGGUAGGAGGUGCAGAGGAGGUGUUUGGAGGGAGGUGGCCAUGUGAGUUGAGGACUAAUUUGGAAGCAGGAAUUCGGCCUGGAGAACGGCCAUCACUUUGUGCUGAUGUAGGGUAUACCUCGUCGCUAGAACUGGAGCUGUCCCACAACCUGAGCGACGACAUGAAGGAAAAGGCGUUUUCUGCCCGGAACACCAUGCGAUCAUCUUCAGCUUCUGGAUCCAGUCCUCCAGAAAGGCAACUACACGAUAUGGCAUGCCAGACGAAUGGUCUAACCACACGGGGGACGCAGACGACCCUGACUAACAGCAUUGGACUGCAAACCGAGGGUCUUCGCACUCUUACCAGCAGCCCACACCGAUGUAUAACACCCAAAGGUGGCUCCACCCCCAUCUCGUCCCCAUCCCGCAGUCUAAGAAAGAUGCAGUACUCUCCAGUCGUGCAGGCCAAGUUUGAACGGCCCUGCUGUUCGCCAAAAUAUGGCUCACCCAAGCUCCAGCGGAAACCCUCUACCAAUACCGCCAAGACUGAGCCACCCGGUGGCCAAGCCCGUACUCCUACCCCAAAUACCGCCACCCAGCAGCAAAAAUGCAACAGUGAAUCUGCCUGGGCACGUUCCACAACAACCAGAGAUAGCCCAGUCCACACCACCAUCAACGAUGGCCUUUCCAGCCUGUUCAACAUAAUUGACCACACACCCAUCGCUUAUGAUCCCAUGCAGAAGUUCAACAAGUCCCCUAGUCGCUCGCGUCCCAUCGAAGCAUGUUCUCAGGGACCCACAGAUUCCAUAUCACCCAGUAUUUGUGCCGAAAAGGGGCCUCUGAGGAACUCUCGGGGCCGGUCCCCAAGCCCAGUGCAGUUGAUUGUGGAAGCCCAGGGCGAAAAGACCCCAGAGGGGUUUAGUAUCAGACACGAUCUGUCUGCGCCUCCGGGCUACACAUUAGCGGAAAACACAGCACGGAUUUUGAAUAAGAAACUUUUGGAGCAGAGCUUCAGAGAGGAGAGGAGGCUUUUGGCUUCAAACACAGCUACUCAGAACAGAACUGGAGAAUCGGAGAAGCCUGGAUGUCUUGAGGACUUGCCACGUUCCCCAGUGGCUCCACCUCUGGAAUCCUGCUUCCCGCGUCCGGUUCGCCCUGCAAACCGCCGGCCACCUUCUCGUUGGGCCGCCCAUUCCCCAUCAUCCUCACCCAACUGCAGCGAUCGCACAGAGCGGUUCCGCUUUCCCUCGCCCGUCAGACCAAUUCGGGCCAUCCCAGAGACAGAAGAGCCCGGUCUGGAGGUUCCUCUACACCCGGUCUGAGACAGCCUAGACUACAUCCUUCUACUUUCAUAUUGCAUUUUCUUCAGUUUGUCCUUUCCUUUAACUUUGAACUGUCUCUCUAUUUUCUGGGAUGCUGUGUUGUAGUUUCUAAAGCUCAGGGCUGGUAACUGGGAGGUUUUUCUAGUUCAGUCUAGGCACUUAAUCCCAGUUUGCGCCAGGGAUUUUGUUCUUAUAAAGGGUUAUGUUUCGAAUGGAAUACUAGCUAAUUUACUUCACUAUUUUCUUAAUCAGUAUAUUUGUCUUGUUUACCAGUAAAAGCAUCUAAACAUCUUUAAAACAACAAAAAAUCUAUUUGAAAAUGUGGUAAGAAAAAUCAACUUAAUUCGAAAUAUAUUCUCGGAAAAAAAUCAUGUGAUUUUUUUUUACGAAUAGUAGUAACAGUGUUCGAUAUAUAAGGAUAAACGUUUUAAAAAGUAGUUGGCUACAUUGUUGUCACAUGACCUCACUACGUUGCAUGUGAUUCAGCGAGUCGUCCAGUUAUCUUGGAAAUAAAUAUGCUUAUUUUGCCUUUUAUAAUGCUUCGUUUAUCACCCUAGAAAUGGAAGGUACAUUUUAGCACAUUGCCUCUUUUUUAAUUCGGCAAAUCAGCCAAAUCAGAGUGUCAAUUUUUAAAAGUGCAUUGCGAAUUUUUUACCACAAGAACGCGUUCGUUCCGAACAGCCCCUUAUACUGCACACUGUUAAAAUAUUAUGAGUAAACCGGUUCUGUUGCAGGAAAACAAUCCUUAAGUCCUGCUCUGUUGCGAUAAAUCGUUUGCGAUUAAAGAUUGUAUUUUAUUCUUUCACUCUCCUUUACCAUCUCCUGUUCCAGCCUGACCACACAUACACACACCGUCAGAGUAACGGAACCUUCUAGAAACUUUCUAAGAACUCUUGAACUGCCCUGCCACUAGGGGGCAGAGUCCUUUGAGCACCACCAGCUGAACUAAUGUUUAAAACAGUUCUAGAAUCUUUUAGGAGUAUCAAGCAUUUGGAAAGUACCGAUGCAACAUAAGAUGUGCCUACAUACAAGACCUGGCAACGGUCCCGUAUUUGUGUGUGCGUCAAUGUACACGUAUGCAAUACAUAUGACUUUAUAUGUGUUGGUCAUAAACUGCAGACUGCUUUUCAGAUGUUCUGAAAAUUAUAACUGGACAGUAAUAAUGUUUGUCUGAACAGCGUUUACAAGUUUCUCUUGAUUUGGAGGUGAAUAUCAUUUGUUAAAUUAUGUUUCAUGCACAGCGUAUGCUUUAUGAACUAUUUUCUUAUUUUCUGCGAACUUGAAAUCCCAUUUUUGUUUGAACCCUUUGAUGCUUGAAUUUAAAAGAAAAUACUCAGUUGUGUUCGUAAAGAGAAUUAAACUUUAACUAAUGGAGUAAAAACACAAACCAGGUCGACAGGGAUGAAUGAUAUAUGAUGUCAACCAUACCGAUGUAUUUAAAAAUCAAAUGUAAAUUUGAAUGUUUAACUUAAGAUGAAAGGAGAGUAUAUUGACACUGAUUAUCCUUAUGCACAUUUCCCAAGUCGAAAAAUACUAAAGGAACAUGCGUACAGGAUUCCAACUUACAGGAUUCGCUUUCCUUUUCUGCAUAUUGCUGCGCCGUGGUUUUGUGUCCCAUUCUGCAUGACGCGGUGGCUCAUUUUAGCUUAUCGCGGCCCAUUCGGCCCGUUUCGCGGCCGACCUACCAUCCCGCUCGGUUCUCCCGAUGGCGACUCUGCCCCUUAUCGGCCCCAAAGUGCGUUGGCCCACCGGGAAAACACCCGGUAUGCCAGAUUACCAGUGCAACCCUGAUUGACAGCCUUUGUGGCAUAAUAUUGAUUACCACAAAAAACAUUUUUACUUAACCCUCCUAAAAGCUCUAAUCUGGUUUACAGUGACGUACUUCCAAUGGAAGUCAAUGGGGGCCAAUCCGUAAAUGUUAAAAUACUCACUUUUUCAAAAAUAUAGCCACAAGACUAAACAAUAUGAGUGUUAAAAUGAUUUUUAGUGUGAUAAAAUCACUUACUAACCUUUUCUGUGUAAAGUUAUAGCCGGUUUUACAACUUCGCUGCCAUGACGAUGUAACAUCAACAAACCAUAAAAGCAUUAAAUGACAAUUUAAACAAAUUUACAUCUCAAAUAAUACUUAAAUUCUAAUAUAAAAUGUAAUGUAAGUGCUUUUAUAAAAUUAUAAGCUUCACAUUUUUGCCUUUAAACCCUCCAAAUAUUGGCCUCAUUCACUUCCAUUGUAAGUGCCUCAGUGUAACCUGCAGUUUUGCUUUUUUUAAACAAAAGGAGGAACGAGUCUAACAAACUUUUUGUGGUAAUCCACAUUAUGCCACAAAUGCCUUCAAUUGAGAAUAACUUUAAAAUAAUUUCUCCUGUUUUAGGCAAGUUAAAAGUACUACACACUUAUUGGGAGCUAACAGCAUCACUUGAAAAUAAAUCAGAUUACGGAAGUAAAAAUUGAUGUAAACAGUAUCAUGUUGACUUACAGUAAGUGUGCAAAAGGCCUUCUUGUUGAAGUUUUGUGGUGUGUUGGAAUAAGAAUAUUAUAACACCAGUGGGAAUCCUGUAUAUAUUCCUUUAGGAUCAUUUGACUAGGGUUUGGACAACAGUUGUGCAAAUAUCAUAUUUGAUGUGCAUGCCUUUAAACACUAGCACUUUAGUGCAUGUAAUCAAAUAUUGUUGUAUUUUAUGAUAAAGCUCAUAAUGUAAGCCAACCCCACAUAUACGUACACGUACACACACACACACACACACACACACACACACUGCAGUUUUCUCUCGAAUUAUCAUUUUUGUUGCCAUCAAAUUUGCAUCGACACAAUUACGAACACUUUUUAAGUCCAUUAUUGUACCUAUAAACUCUUUGUCUUUGUAUAUCUGUUAUAAUAUUUAAAUGUUUCUUUUCUUUCAAGAGGAAAAUGAAUGUUUUAAAUGAUGCCACAGUCAAAUGUCUAAUGAUAGAGUGUGUUCAAUUGGUAAUAAACUGAAUGUGUAUUUCCA